CACGUGGUUUUGAGGUCUCCCACUGCCUGUGCUGAGUGAAGUUAAAAAUGAUAGGUGUAUAAAAUAUGUUUGUGGGCCUAACAGUAUUGCUUUUGUUCAUACGGAAAUGUUUUCGAUAAUAUUUUGUUUUGUGACAUAUAAUUCUUUUUUUGGAAAUUCGCAACGGUGUAAUAAUGUCACACCAGUAACAUAGCAACAAGGCUUCUUUUAAGGUGAGUUUUUCAGCUGUUUAAGGUGUCACCCAGCCUAUAGAAGGGUCACGUUUGUGGUCAUGAGGAGCCGGAACCGCCGAGCUGGACGAGUCGCAAGGAAGAGGAGGCAGAAACAUGAGGCCUCUAUACAGUCAGUUUCUCUGUGCCACCAGCAGCAGUAUGUGAGGCUCAUGAAGUUCCUUCACCAGCGAGGAUUCACUUCCACACAGCUGCAGCCAGCCACCUUCACUGACACAGGAAGGGGAUUGCAGACUCUCCAGAUAAUAAAGCCUGGACAGCUGAUUAUUUCUUUGCCAGAGUCCUGUCUUCUCACAACCUCUACUGUUCUGAGCAGCUACCUCGCACCAUAUAUCAAGAGCUGGAAGCCCCACCUCUCUCCUCUGUUGGUGCUCUGUGUGUUCCUGGUGUGUGAGCGACACAGAGGGGAGGUCUCUGAUUGGUUCCCUUAUAUCGACGUACUGCCCACCACCUACACCUGCCCUGCCUAUUUCACGGAUGCUGUCAUGGACGUGCUACCAGCAGUGGUGCGAAGGCGGGCCUUAGAGCAGAGGGAGGCCGUGCAGGAGCUCCAUUCCUCCCAUCAAGACUUUUUCAGAUCUCUGCAGCCGAUCCUGAGUCAGGCAGUGGAGGAAGUGUUGACGUAUGAGGCACUGAGGUGGGCGUGGUGUAGCAUCAACACUCGCUCUGUCUUCAUGUCCCAUCCAUCCAACCAUUUCCUGUCUGGACAGGACAUCUAUGCUUUAGCUCCUUUCCUGGACCUGCUCAACCACCGACCCGAUGUUCAGGUUUCAGCCAGUUUCAACGACUCCACCAAAAGUUAUGAAAUACAGAGUGUUUCCGGGACUCUCCGCUACCAACAGGCUUUCAUCAACUAUGGCUCCCAUGAUAACCAGCGGCUGCUGCUAGAGUAUGGAUUUGUCGCCCCUGGCAACCCCCACAGUGUGGUGUAUGUGGACACAGGUCUCAUCUGUGAGGUUUUAAGAGGUGACAGGAGUUUGGACCAGAAGAUGAAGUUCCUGAGAGAGAACAAGUUCCUUCAUGAUCUGACCGUGUCCAGUGAAGGUCCUAGUUGGAGGCUGAUGACGGCGCUCAGACUUUUGUCCCUUCCACAAACACUGUAUCAUCAGUGGAAGGUGGUGUUACUCGGCCAGGCAGUGUGUGAGGACAGAGAGGAGUGGAGCGUCCAGACUGCAGAGACACUUUGUCAGUGUUUACUACAAGACACACACAGAGCCCUGGAUAAGAUCCUCCAGCUCCUCCAUGAGUCUGAGGAGCCAAUCAGGGAGCAGCUCCAUGUAGUCCAGUCCCUGCGACAAGAGGAGAAGUGCAUUUUGAGAAGCUGCCUCGAGGUCCUACAGGCCAUGUUGAGAAGACCUGAUGACUUAUUGCAAUACCAACCGGAUAUCGAUGAUGCUGUCAGCUGACAUCCGAUUGUUGCAACAACCUGACAGUCACCACUAUGAGCCAUGCUGUUGGAUGAAGUGGUUCCUGUCCACGAUGCUCAACAGAAGCAGCAGGACAGCCUGAUGUACUGUAAACACAGCGUCACAGGCCAGACCCUGGUGUGACGACAGAGGUUUAGUCCUGAACUGACCUUGAGGAAAAUGGUGAAUCCUACAUAACAACCAGCAAUAAGAGGGAAACACACUGAGCUGAAUUAACUGUAUACAAAUUAUACUUGUGAGCCUGACAAAGAAAGAGGAACAAUUGGAAUAAAGAACAGUAAAAUAUUUGACAAGGAAAUUGCAAAAUGACAAGGUUGUCAUUUUAACAUACCACCUGUAGGGAUCAAUACCCAGCUCAGUACUCCUGAGGUUUCCAUUGAGAUGAAACCCAUUCCUUAUGGUCAUCUUACAAUGCAAAAGUAACUCACUCUGCACUGACAGCUCCUAGCAUCAUGGCUAGACAAGUGUUCACAUUGUGACAGUUUGAGUUUGAUGCUUUAAUUAAUUUAUGUUAUAUUAUUUUAUUAUAUUGAUUUUUUUAGGGGUGCCAGCCAGGUCUCUCUCCUGACAUAUAAGAUAU